UUGAAUAAACAGACAAUGGGUGGAUAAAAUGUCAGUUUAUGUAUGACUUAUUCCUUCACACUUAAUGUCAAUGUUAUAAAAAGAACGAAUAGUCACAGUAGUUUCAGUAAAGCAACGCAGGUUACAAGCAAAAAGUCUAUAGUACUUUUCAAAAGAUUUGAUAGUAGUACAUGAGUAACUUUGAUGUGUGCCAUCAUGAAAAGAGCUGAUCUUACCAUUUUUUUUAUUCAUUUGAUAUUUUUUAGUCGGCAGUUUGGCUUUGCUUAUGCAUUUCUCAAAUUUUCCAAAGACGUCGAAUUGAGCGGGUAUACUUGUCCGUCUGAGCACGUCGUUUUCCGUAAUGGGAACGGAAUAAGCUUAUCACAAUGUUUUUUUUUGUGUGUAGAAAGUGGCAAUUGUUACGGAUUUUUUCAUCAAGACGCUGGACAAUGUAUCGGCUGUGGAGAUAUGUUUCCGAAGAGCUCCAGCUAUCCAACAUCCUCUGACACGCUUUUCUAUAGAGCUCCUUGGGAAGAUAUUAUUUCAAAAUAUGUCUACGUACCAGAAGGAAUGACAUGGCAUCAGGCACAGGACAAUUGCAAAGCUAAAGGAGGAUCGUUGGUGAAGUUUGGUUCAAAUUUAGAAAGGGAGCUUGUGGAAACUAACAUCUUACAGGGUUUUGGUCAUGGUGCAGGGGUAUGGAUAGGUGCAUAUGAUGACAAUAUGGACGAGAUUUUUCUCUGGUCUGACGGUACCGUUGUCAAUGACAUUUUCAUAAAAUGGGGACCUACUGAUCCAGACCUUCACGAUCAUACUGAACAUUGUGUAGCAUUUUUAAACACAAAUGGUAUCUGGGCUUCGCAUGAUUCUUUGUGUAGUAAUAUUGGCGCAAGCGUUUGCCAACUGGACUAAUAAACUAGUUGACAUUAAGGACAUUUAUUUAUUUUUAACUUGCAUGACAUUAUUG